CAAGCUUGAUCAAAACUGACAUCUGUCAUUUUCACAUCUUAUACAAAUCACCAUUUUUAUUGUGUUCGUAUAUCCAGACAUAAUAACUAAGCCAAAAUGCCGACUGCCCUAGAUCGAGCAAUGCACUCUAAGAAUCUUUUUCUAGGUUUUGCUGGCAUGGUUACUGCUGCAGCGGCCUGGGCCAUAUGGGGUAGCGAUAUAUUCCCUGCAGAACCAGACCCAACCGGAGACCCUGAAACUUGGACUGCCGAAGAGAUGAAAAGGUGGCUCCGUAACAGGGGGCUUAUGCCAAAUGAAGAAGCUACACGUGAAGAGCUUCUGGAACGAGUCAAAGCAAACCUUCGUAUACCGCCGAGGUCCAGAACAUGAUAAUGCUGUUAUGAUGUGUUGUGAUUUGCGCAUUCCAAAGUUAAUAUUCCAUCCGUGCACUCCAUCAGGUGCUUUCAGUGUUUCUCUUGAGUUUUUGUCGUGUUGUUGAUUGAAGGAU